AUGGGCUCACCCAUAAUUUGAGAGAUGGUGAAUGAAUACAAGAAAAUUGUUCUUCUUUCAGGAUUACAGUCUAUCAGUGACUACCAUUUCAGAGUAGUUAAGUCCUUACUGAUUCAUGACCUACAACUGAAUAAGAAAAUGCAAGAUGAUUAUGACAGAAUUAAGAUUGCUGACUUAAUGGAAGAAAAGUUCAAAAGUGAUGCUGGAUUGAGCAUACUGAUAGAACUGUGUCAAGAUAUUCCAGAUCUUGGAUACCUUGCUGAUACACUUAGAAAGGAGAUGGCAAAAGUUAAAAAUAAGAGCCAAAGAAAAGUCAAACACACUUCAAAAAGACCUAAGCACAAUGAAUCCUGUACUUCCCACCUGAGCUCCAACACAAAGGAAGAUUUGGAACUAGAACCAACUAUGAAGAUGCCUUCGUUAGAGAAACAUGAAGACACAAUCACCAAAUCACCUGACGUCAGGACAGCAAAGUCAUUCCAGAGAGCGCAUAAACUUCCAGAACUUUCUGCAACCAACAGAUGCCCAACUGUGAGAGAGCCACAGACUCCUCAGGAGCUUCCAACAAUAGCCUUCAGCAGCCUCCGAACUCCGCUGGGGCCUCCAGAAAUAUCACACACCACAUUGACAACAUCGCGGGGUCCUUCAGCACCAUUUUCUGCCAGUGACCAGACUUCUCAGGAGUCCCCGGUGACAGCCUCCAGCAGCAUCCACACCACUCAGGUAACUUCAUCACUUUCGUACAGUCACCAAGAUCCUCUGAAGUCUCCAAAAACAGUGCCCAGCUCUGUCCUAACCCUUCAAGCAAGCCCAGUGACUGUGACCAGCAAUGCCCAGGCUUCUUGGACACCUCAAGCAGCAGUGCACAAAAGUGUCCAGGCCUCCCGGGUGACUCCAGCAACAAUGACCAGAGGUUAUAAGAUUCCCCGGGUGUCUGCAACAACAGUAUCUGGCAAUUACAAUACCCCUCAGGUCACCUCAGCAACCAUGCCCAGCAGCAACCAGGCCUCUCUGGUGACUCCAGCAACAACGACUAGAUGUUAUAAAAUUCCUCAGGUGUCUAAGGCAACCAUAUCCAGCACUUUCAAUACACCCCAGGUCACCCCAGCAACAGUGCCCAAAAGCAACCAGGCCUCCCUGGCAACUUCAGCAAUAGUGCCCCACAGUGUCCAGCCCUUUCAGGCAACCCCAGCAACAGUGACCAGUAGUUGUAAGAGCCCUCCGGUGUCUGCAACAACAGUUUACAGCAGUUACAGUGCCCCCCUUGUCCCCCCAGCAACAAUGCCCAGCAGUUUUAAGUCUCCUCCACAGUCUCCAGCAACGCAGCCCUGCAACAGUAGUACUCAUCAGCGGCCUUUGGCAAAUGCACUGGGCAGUUCCUCUGCUACUUCAUGGUCUCCAGCAAUACCACUGGAGAAACCAAGACUGAAGACCAUAUCAAAGCAACCUUCGGAGGAAGAUGGACAUCAGGAAGGUCCCAAACAAGUGAUGGUAUUAAAAGCAACAGAACCAUUUACAUAUGACAUGAGAGAAGACAAAAUGAUGUUCCAUGCCACAGUGGCCACUGAGACUGAAUUCUUCAGAGUGAAGGUUUUUGACAAAGUCCUAAAGGAGAAGUUCAUCACCAACAAAGUCAUUGUCAUCUCAGAUUAUAUUGGCCGCAAUGGUUUUUUAGAAAUACACAGAGCCUCCAGUGUAUCUGAGGUGAAUGGCAGCAAUAUGAUGAAUAUCCCACUUUCACUGAGACAAAGAGCCAAUGCAACUCCCAAAAUUAAUACUAUUUGUACACAAAGAAGAGGAACAUUUGUGAAUGGAGUGUUUGCAGUAUAUACGAAAACAGUGAAGAAUGAAUUCAUUUACUAUGGAAUAGAAGAUAUAACAGGGAAAAUGGAAGUGGUGGUACACGGAAAGUUCACCAAUAUGUACUGUGAACCAGGGGAUAAACUUCGACUCUUCUGCUUUGAAUUGAGCUUAAGUAUGGAUAAGUGGCAGCUGAGAUCCGGGAGGCACAGUUACUUGCAGGUCAUCCAGGCUAGGACAAAAGACUUAGAGCCACCCAAUCCUCGUUUACUUAUGGAAAAUCCCUACACUCCAAUUUAAGGACAGCUGAACAACUUUGGCAAUGAUGUCUAUGGUAAUAAGAUGCAGGUACAGAAAAAAGUGUAUACAGCUUAUAAUGAAGUAAAAUAUAUAUAAAAUGAGGCUCUUAAUUCUAGAGAAUAGUGCUCUUUGACUUUGUUCUUCAUAUAUUUUAGAUUUCAUAUUUUCCACAUAUAUGUUUCAAAACUUGAAAAAAAGAAUAAUAAACAUUUUAUCGAAA